AUGCCUCCUCCCACCUCACCAACACCUCAACACGCCGAGGACGUCCCAAUGGACGUCCUCGGCCCCUCGAUUCGUAUCCCGGCGCCGCGGUUCAAGACCGCGGCGCCCGUCGUCUCCGCGCCCGCACGCCCCGGCCGCUUACAAGACGCGGCGGGGCGUGUCCCCGUCCCUCCUCGCCCAUCUCCCGCGCCCCACGCUCAAAACGGCGGCCCUACGGCCGUCCGCGCGGCGCCUCUCUCCUCCUCCUCCUCCACCGUCUCCCGCCCUCCGACUUCCCCAUCCCGCGUCUGA